UUUUACUUUGAUCAAACACAUUACAACAUGCCCCUCGCCACAGAGCUGAAGACUCCGGUCACGGGCACCUACCAGCAGCCCACCGGUCUCUUCAUCAAUAACGAGUGGGUAGAGGGUGUCGACAAGAAGACCUUCGAGACUAUCAACCCCAGCACCGAGGAGGUCAUCUGCUCCGUCAGUGAGGCCACCGAGAAGGAUGUUGAUAUUGCAGUCAAGGCUGCCCGCAAGGCCUUCGAGGGCGAGUGGAAGCAAACUACUCCUGGACAGCGAAGCAAGCUCUUGAUCACCCUUGCCGAGCUUACCGAGAAGAACUUUGACCUGCUUGCUGCUGUUGAGUCUCUCGACAACGGAAAGUCAAUUGCGAUGGCCAAGGGCGAUGUCGGUGCCGUAGCUGGCUGCCUGAGGUACUAUGGCGGUUGGGCGGACAAGAUCGAGGGCAAGACCAUUGACAUUGCCCCCGACAUGUUCCACUACACAAGGUCUGAGCCUAUCGGUGUCUGCGGUCAAAUUAUCCCCUGGAACUUCCCUCUUCUCAUGCUGGCAUGGAAGCUGGGACCUGCUCUGGCUACGGGUAACACCAUCGUCUUGAAGACUGCCGAGCAAACGCCCCUGUCAGCCCUUGUAUUCGCCAACCUAAUCAAGGAGGCCGGUUUCCCCGCUGGUGUCGUCAACAUCAUCUCUGGCUUCGGCAAGGUUGCCGGUGCUGCCAUCUCGGCACACAUGGACAUUGACAAGGUUGCUUUCACUGGCUCCACCGUCGUUGGUCGCACCAUCAUGAAGGCUGCCGCCUCGUCCAACCUCAAGAAGGUCACCCUUGAGCUCGGUGGCAAGUCGCCCAACAUCGUCUUCAACGAUGCCGAUAUCGAGGCUGCCGUCAGCUGGGUCAACUUUGGUAUCUACUACAACCACGGCCAAUGCUGCUGCGCCGGCUCGCGUAUCUACGUUCAGGAGGGCGUCUACGACAAGUUCGUCGCGGCUUUCAAGGAGCGCGCCCAGAAGAACAAGGUCGGUGACCCAUUCAAGGAGGACACCUUCCAGGGUCCUCAGGUCAGCGAGCUCCAGUUCAACCGCAUUAUGGACUACAUCAAGUCAGGAAAGGAGGAGGGAGCUACUGUUGAAACGGGUGGUGAGAGGCACGGCGACAAGGGCUAUUUUAUCCAGCCCACUAUCUUCACCAACGUCCGUCCGGAGAUGAAGAUCAUGAAGGAGGAGAUCUUUGGUCCCGUUGUUGCCAUGGCCAAGUUCAAGACCGAGGAGGAGGUUAUUGCUCUUGCCAACGACAGCAACUACGGCCUGGCUGCCGCCGUCCACACCAAGGACCUUAACACAUCUAUCCGUGUUAGCAAUGCCCUGAAGGCCGGUACCGUCUGGGUCAACUGCUACAACAUGCUCCACCACCAGCUUCCCUUUGGUGGUUACAAGGAGUCUGGUAUUGGUCGCGAACUGGGCGAGGCUGCGCUGGCCAACUACACUCAAAACAAGUCGACGCCGUUUGAGCAGCAGAGGGAGGCACUCAUCGGCGAGAUUGCCAUGAGCUUCGAGCAGGUCCUGGCCAACAUCAACAAGCUGAACAGGUCCCUCGAGGCGGUUAUCACGGUUGGCAACGAGUUUUCCUCGGUGGAGGCUCUGUGGUCACAAUUCGAGAACGUCAUGGCCAAGGAUCCGGAUGAGGGCAAGGCUGAAGGCGAGGGGAGCGAUGGGGAGGGCGAGCAGCAUCCGAAGCGGGGUGACGAGAAAAGAUGA